AUGAUUCCGCCGGGGGCUGCGAGCAGCCGCUCCCUCCCGCACCGCUACAGCCGAGCGAGGCUCCAUAGACGUCUAGCUAGUCGCAGCAGCAGCAGCAGCAGCAGCAGGAAUGGCAGCAGCAGCAGCAGCAGCAACCGCAGCAGCAGCAAUGACAGCCUCCUCAGCAGAAGCAGCAGCAGAGUUUUGUUUCCCCUUCCCGCCCACAGCAGCAGCAAGCGGACGAGCUGUUUGCGUAGGACGCAGCAACAGCAGCAACUGCAGCAGCAGCAGCAGCAACCGCAGCAGCAGCAGCAGCAACAGCAGCAGCAGCAGGAAGCAACAACAGACUCUGAGUCUACGGGUGUGUAUUGGCAUCCAUCACGUCGUCAAAAGCAUCAGCAGCAGCAGCAGCAGCAGCAGCAGGAGAAGCAGCAGCUGCUGUCUCGUGAAUCUGCAGCAGCACCUCUGUCUGCACCCCAUCAACAGCAGCAGCAGCAGCAGGAGCAGCAGCAGCAGCGGGGGUGCAGCAAGAAGGCCCUGCAGCAGCAGCAGCAGCAGCAGCAGCAGCAGCUGGAGCUGCAGGAGCAGCCGCAGCAAGGACAAGAGGAGGCUCUCGAGGAAGCUGCAGCGGCAGCAGCAGCAGCAGCAGCAGCAGACAAACCAGAGUUUGAACAGCAGCAGCAGCAGCAGCAGCAGCAGCAACUGGCGGAUGAGGAUCAGGAGAAGCUGCUCCCCAAGAGGCUGCAUGCGUAG